GGAACACCACCAACAGGAGGUGAAGCUUAUGUUAGUAUUGCUGGUCCUGAAAGAAUCACAGCAGUUGAAGGUCAAACUCUUGAGUUAACUUGCUCAGCUGAAGGUUUCCGUACUAAGAUUAUAAAAUGGAGGAGACCAGGUGGAGCUCAGUUACCACCAGGACACUCUGUACGUAAUGGUGUGUUAUAUAUACCACGUAUAGGUGCUAAUUUUGAUGGAGAAUAUAUCUGUGUUGUACAAACUGAUCGAGGAGAUUACACUGAUAGUGUUUAUAUUAUUGUUUCUGCCAUUCCAAGAUUAAACAUCAGUCCAAGUAAUAUUAAAGUACUACCAGGUGAUGAAGUAUUUUUAAGAUGUAGAGCACAAGGUGUUGGACCAUUUACCUAUGAAUGGCAGAAAGUCAAUGGCAUCAUUUCACCUGCUGCUGUAGAAAGAAAUGGUGUAUUAGAGAUUCGUCAAGUUACACCAGCUGAUGCUGGUCGGUAUAGAUGUAUUGCUACCAGUUCUGCUGGUAGUAGUGAAGGAUAUGCAGAUGUUGCUUUAUCAGUAAAACCAGCAGUAUCUGUUGAUGUACGAGAUAUAUCUAGACAGGUUGGACAAAGUGUAGAAUUACGAUGUACAGCUACCGGUAGUCCACCACCAGAGAUAAGAUGGACUAAAGAUGGCGGUGAACUUCCCCCACAACAUACUAUCAGAAAUGGAGUCCUCACUUUGUAUAAUCUUCAAUCUAAUGAUGAAGGUAGAUAUGUAUGUACUGCUUUCAAUGAGGGUGGUACUGAACGAGAUUUUACCUACGUCAGAGUUUCAUCUGCCCCUGGAAUUGGUUCGUCAUUAAAUAAAGGAGUACAAACAGUUGAUAUUGGUGAUCGAGUAGAAUUUGAAUGUAUUGUUACUGGAACACCACCACCAACUGUUACAUGGUCUAAAUUAGAAGGUCCACUACCAAAUACUGCUGUAAUUGGUGAAGGAGUUUUAACUAUACCACAAGUUAAACCUGAAGAUGCUGGUACCUACACAUGUACAGCUACUAAUCAAGCUGGUUCAGUUCAAUCACAGGUUCAACUCUUUGUUAGAGCUCAACCAACUGUGUUUGCACCAAGAGAUAUGAAAACAGCACCAUUAGGUAGUAGUACAACAUUAUCAUGUGAAACACGAGGCUAUCCACAACCAGUUGUUACAUGGUCCAAACAAAACGGUGAUUUACCAAGUGAACAUCGUAUCAUUGACAGUAAUUUAGAAAUUGAACGAGUUCGUGAAGAAGAUUCUGGAACUUAUUACUGUAAUGCUGCCAAUAGAUAUGGUUCUGUAAGAUUCCCCAUUAGAUUAGUUGUUGGUGCGUUGGUACCAUAUUUUGCUCAGAAUCCAAAUUCCUACAUUAGUUAUGCUCCACUCCAAUCAGCAUAUUUAGACUUUGAUGUAGUGUUAUCAUUCCGACCUGAAGCUACUGAUGGUAUGUUAUUAUAUAAUGGACAACAGGCCAAUGAAAAUGGUGACUUUAUGUGUUUCGGAUUAAAUAGUGCCUAUCCAGAAUUCCGAUUUGACGUUGGUGCUGGUCCAGCUAUAAUCCGAGGUCAAGAACCACUAGAAAUGAAUAAAUGGCACACUGUUCAAUUGAAGAGACAUCAGAAGAAUGGAACUCUGAUUGUGAAUGAUCAGCCAGCUUAUAGUUCUAUUGCUCCAGGACAGUUCCAAGGGUUAAGUUUAUCAGAUAAUAUGUAUCUUGGUGGUGUACCAAAUUACCAAGCUAUAGCACCAAGUGCAGGAUAUUCUUCUGGAUUUGUAGGAGCUGUAAGUCAGGUUCAACUACAAGGUUUACCAUUAAAUCUGGGAGGUGAUGCUAUAGAGAUCUAUGGUAUUGAAUCCUAUAAUGUCUGUCAAGAUAGACCUUGUUUAAAUCGUGGUUCCUGUAUACCAGAAAAUAACCAAUUUGGUUACCGAUGUGUAUGUGCCCGAGGCUAUGCUGGUUUUAGAUGUGAGGUAGCUGGUGAAAGUUGUUAUGUAGGAGCUUGUGGUGCAACAGGAAGAUGUGUUGACUUAUCAACUGGAGGCUUCCAAUGUGUCUGUCCAAUGGGACAAACAGGUCUAGGAUGUAGACAAGCAGUCACCAUCAUUGAUCCAGCAUUCAACAAGACAUCUUUCAUCUCUUAUCCAACAAUUAAAAAGGGCCUUCUUCAGAUGAACGCUAAAAUUAUGUUUAAAGCUAAUUCUUUGGAUGAUGGUAUUAUUUUAUAUAAUGCUCAACAACAAGAUGGUCGUGGCGAUUUUGUAGCCAUCUUGAUUAAAGAUGGACAUAUAGAAUAUAAAUAUGAUACUGGUUCAGGAAUUGCCAAAUUAAGAAGUCGUCGACCAGUACAGUUAGGUGAAUGGACUAGUGUAGUAGCUGAGAGAGAAGGUCGAGAUGGUACAUUAAUGGUCAAUAAUGAGGAACCAGUCAAUGUAACGUCUGCUGGCAAGACAAUUGGGUUGAAUUUGAAACGUCCGCUAUAUUUGGGUGGUGUCGAUCCCCAAGAUUCUAUAUCUUCUAGUGUUGGAACUCUGUCAGGAUUUGUUGGCUGUAUUGCUGAGCUUAAAAUCAACAAUGAAGUGAUAGAUUUAAUAAAAGAUGCUAUAGAAAGUUCUGCUGUACGAGAUUGUGGUGAUAGAAGUUUAUGUGAUCGUAAACCAUGUUUAAACAAUGGUAUUUGUUAUGAUAGAGGAACAUCAGACUAUACUUGUCAAUGUCCACCACAAUUUACAGGUACCAACUGUCAAACAGAAAUUAACAUCUGUAUAACAUCACAACCCUGUAGAAAUAAUGGAAUAUGUCGCGUCACUGUGUCAGGAUUUAAAUGUGAUUGUCCAUUAGGUUAUAUGGGACUUAAUUGUGAAUCAGGUAAUUAUCACAAACUUUUUGUUGGUGAUGGUUAUAUUGAACUAAGUAAAUCAUUAUUACCACAUCGUAUCAGACAAGCUGGAGAAAACAUCUCAUUCACCAUUACUACAGUGGAAUCAGAAGGAUUAAUGUUCUGGCAGGGACAAGAUGCUGGUUCUACAUUACGCGGUGCUGAUUAUCUAGCUAUUUCAUUAUCUGAUGGUUAUAUUCAAUACAAAUAUGAGUUGGGAAGUGGAGCUGGUAUAAUAAUGUCCACUAUACCAGUCAAUGAUGGCUAUCCACACAAGAUCCAUGUUUCUAGAUUGGGUCGCACUGGUAAUCUAACUGUUGAUAAUGAACAACCUAUAACUGGAUCAGCACCUGGUAGAUUACAAGUUCUAAAUGUACAGGGUAAUGUUUAUAUAGGUGGUGUACCAAAAAUAACGGAAAUGACAGAUGGAGAUUAUAAAUCUAAUUAUAAUGGGUGUAUUAGUGAUAUUAACAUAUUAAAGAAAGGUCCAUUAAAUAUAGGGAAAGAUAAUGAAGUUCUUGGUGGAUACAAUGUCCGUCCUUGUAAUUAAUUUCAACUUAUAUAGUUCAUCUUUACUUUUAGCUAGAAAAUGUGCAUAAUUUUGACAAAGGACAAAAAUGUUUAUUUUUAGACUGAAGUAAAACUUGCAUAAUAAUUGUCUUUGCUCAUCAACUAGUUUUUAAGCAAACAGAUAGUGAAGCGACAUAUAACUGAGGCGGCCUACAUUGAAUUAAUUUUCUUGGAGAUCUAGAAAAGAUUGCAGAAGAUUUCAGUAAUUAUGUUAUCCAACAUUAUGAUUUGAAUGUAGGUCUGUUUAAACGUAUGGUUGUUUCCUGUUCUUUGUACUUGUUUGUGUUCUUUCAUUGCAAAAUUAUCAUAUUUUCAACUUUAAGACUAAAAUAACUGAAAGAAAGUGUAACAUGUUUUACUUGUAUUUGUUUUUGAAUUGGAGUAGAUUUUAAUUAGUUAUAGCAGACAUGUACAGUAUUUACAGUAAAUUGUGUAUGUGAUUAAAGUCGUGAAUAUUGUAGUUAGUAACAUGGUCUACUUUCUGGCUAUUAUAAGUAUUGGUCUGUCCUAGGUUUCUAAGAAAGAAUUAUAAAUACAAUAUAACCAAUAAACUUUAUGACAACUAAGAAAGUAGCCUGUUAUAUUAGAUGUUUUUGUUAGAAACUAUAUACAUAUUAGUUUUAUUAAGUAUUAUAUGACUUGUGUACUUAUUUCCACUUUCUUAUAAAUAGGUUUCUCUUUUUAAAUUGUGAUUCAUUUUAAAAGCAUUUAUAAAUACUCUACAAAUGGUGCUAUAUGGCAUUUUAUUAAAGGAAUUUUAUUUUCUUAUUACUUGCCAAUUCAAUACAACUGCUUUUCUUUGUAUAUUUAUUGCAUAAUAAUACAUUUGUAAUUUGUAUAUUUCCUUUUUAUAGUUUUGUGUAUUUUAGUAAUGAUUUUAUAUACAACAUGUUCGUUAAAAAUUCAAUUUUAAUCAAAAGACUAGCAAAAUAAUAUCAACACCUUGUCAGUUUGAGAUCAUCUGUUAAAUCGAUAACAGAACAGAAGAGAAAGUAAUCUGUCAAUAUUAGAUAAAUGAUAUUAUGUGUUCUUUGUAACAGUAUGUUUACUGUAAGUAAUUAAACACAGAUUUGAUGCCUUUCUGUGAUCAGUAAAAAUAAAAGGUUUUAUUACUAUAAUUUU